GCCUCGUCCACAACGCCAGGGGUAUUGGCAGCAAACUCUCCUGAUUAAGCCACCGCCUUGAAGGAGGUGGAGCCAGCCUUUCUGUUCCUAAUCACCUGGCUGGAUAUUUAGGGGAAGAAGAAGCUUCAGUUAGAACUUGCUCUUGCUUCAACUACAAGGAAUGACGUUAAACUUCUGUCUCCCGCACUUCAGCCCAAGGAUUCAGUGCAAUAAGGUCUGUGCUGAUGGCUUCGAGGUGAGCAAUCUGAUAUCUGCGGACCCUGUGAAAAGAAAAUGUGGAUUCCGUGCUGAAUACUUCAUCAAACCUCCUGUACAUGUUACGAUUACAUUCCCAUUUAACGUGGAACUGUGUAAGAUUGACAUUGAUGUGUCAGCCAGCUUGCAAAACUCUUCGAGACUGGAUAUUUAUACAUGUACCACAUCUAAUAAGGAUAUGACAUGGAAUGGAGUUUCCACACCCAGCUCUCCACUGGCAGAUCAGACCUUUUCUGACGGUGAUAUUUUUACUUUAGUGGGGAAGGGCACAUUGAAAAACCAAAGCAAAGUGUCCUUCAGACAUAAAGCUUUUAAAUCCAGGGCUCCUUUUCAUGAAUUUACUGAGCAUUCUGCAGUUGCUGAUGGUACCUUUGUGCAGGAUUUGUGGAAUAAGGGUCAGUUUUCACUGACGAAUAUAAACCACCUCAGGAUCUGCAUUAGUUAUGUGUCAGGUGGAAGUUUGCCCUGCUUAAGGAGGGUGGACAUAUGGGGCCAACCGUCUCGGUCUUGCCCUCGUGCGGUCAUAGAAAGUGCCUUCAAAGUUUAUCAGAAAUACAAAACUGAACAAUCAGUUCCAUUAGUUACGCAGAAGAAUGUUGCUGUCACACAAUCUAAUCAAACACAGAGAGACAACCUACAACCAAAUGUUAACGGAUCUUCAGUGGCUCAUGGGAACGUUCCAGAAGAAUUUCUGGACCCCAUCACUUCUGAGAUCAUGGCCCUCCCAAUGUUGCUUCCCUGUGGGAAAGUGAUUGAUCAGAGUACUCUGGACAAAUACAAUCAGUGUGAAGCCACGUGGGGCAGACUUCCAAAUGAUCCCUUCACAAACGUUCCCUUCAGCCGGAAUUCCAAACCAGUCCCUCACUCGACUCUGAAAGCAAGGCUGGAUUAUUUCCUGCUGCAUACCACGAUACCGGAUCGCGCUAUUGUGGGGAGGACUCAUGUUGGAUUUGUUGCCUCGUCUACAGUGAAGAGAAAAUCGGACUCCCCACAGGGCAUAAUCACAAAUCCAACCUCAGAAGGACUAAAUGCGGGCAUUAGUAGGAACUCUGCUGCGAUGCUAGACUGUGGCGAAAAGCGAUUCAAAACAGAAACGGAAAGAACGCAGGACCCUGCACAAGAUAUGGCAUAUAGAUUCGCUUGUAAUAUCCACACCACCAGCCCAGUUAACAUUAGCUCUCACAAUUGGGAAAUUGUAUCUUCACUGUAUAGACCAAAUGUCUUCCUUGCCUGCCCCUCUGGUGCGGUUUCCCAUGAGCAGAGAUUGUCACAAAGUCUGGAUAGUGCUCUGACUUCUGCCUUAAAUACUCUCCCAUCCUUCACUGCUCAGCAAAGACAAGACCAGCAACAGCCAGCAGCUGGCAGCAUCUCUGACUGCGCACAAGAAUGGAUUCCAGCCAGUUCUGAUAAAGCGUGCAUCUCCUGCAGAAAGUCAUUCUCUGCAUAUUCCCAGAACAUGGUUGUAUACAGACUGCUCUGUGGGCACCUGAUCUGCAGAGUUUGUCUGUCAGAGACACAGAAAUCUUCAACACCGUCCUGUUUGAAAUGUAACUGUGCAAUCUGUACUAGUGAUGUUGUGCGGGUUCAUCUUUAGAGUUGAGGCACUUUGAGCCAUUCUGGAUGUGUUUGGCAAUCUUAUGUGACUGCAUUUCCACUAUAGCUAG